UCCUGCAGACAGCGGUAGUGUGACAGUGAACUCACCUGGGAGAGAGUGGAAGAGCGCACGCGGAGGAAAGCCUGCAGGAUCCAGAGGUCUGAUGUUUUCUGUCACUCUGUAAGCUGCCAUACCACAACUCUGACUCCUGACCAGGAUCAGAACAACCUUUAGAAAGUCAUUUUCCCGGGACACCAGAGAACUACAAACAUGGCGACCACCAUGGAAGCUGCAGACAUCGCCAUAGUAGCGAUCUACUUCGUCGUGGUGUUUGCGAUCGGUUUCCUCGCCAUGUGGAAAGCCAAUCGCAGCACUGUCAGUGGGUACUUCCUCGCCGGUCGCUCCAUGAACUGGGCGGCGAUAGGUGCGUCUCUGUUCGUCAGUAACAUAGGGAGCGAGCAUUUCAUCGGACUGGCUGGAUCUGGUGCUGCUACCGGGCUCGGCGUGGCGGCGUGGGAGUUAAAUGCUCUCAUGCUGCUGCAGCUAUUGGGCUGGGUGUUCAUCCCGGUGUAUAUUCACUCAGGUGUGUACACCAUGCCGGAGUACCUGUUCAAACGGUACGGCGGGAGGAGGCUGAAGGUGUACUUUGCUGUGUUAUCCCUUGUCAUGUACAUCUUCACCAAGUUGUCUGUGGAUCUCUACGCCGGAGCUUUGUUCAUUCAAGAGUCACUGGGGUGGAACCUCUACCUGUCAAUUAUCCUCCUCAUCGCCAUGACAGCGCUGAUGACGGUCACUGGAGGUCUGGUUGCUGUGAUCUACACGGAUACGGUCCAAGCUCUCCUCAUGAUCUCUGGAGCUCUGUGCCUCACAGGAAUCAGCCUCUACAAAGUGGGAGGACUGGAAGGGGUCUGGACCAAGUACAUGGAGGCGUCUCCAAACAUCACCGCCAUCUUACUGUCUUCACCCAACCUGACGUACUCUGAGUCCUGCCACGAUCACCUCCACCCACGGCCUGAUAGUCUGAAGAUCCUCAGGGGCCCAAGGGACCCAGACCUGCCCUGGCCCGGUUUCUUAUUGGGCCAGACUCCUGCCUCUAUCUGGUACUGGUGUGCAGAUCAGGUGAUUGUCCAGCGGGUUCUUGCUGCGAAGAACAUUGCUCAUGCCAAAGGUUCCACCAUCAUGGCCGGCUGCCUGAAGAUCCUCCCCAUGUUUAUAAUCGUCAUUCCAGGCAUGAUUUCCAGGAUCUUCUUCGCCGAUGAGUUAGCGUGCAUCAGUCCUGAACACUGCAUGGAAGUGUGCGGUUCGGCGGCUGGCUGCAGUAACGUGGCGUACCCUCGACUCGUCAUGUCAGUGAUGCCGGUGGGUCUCCGCGGCCUCAUGAUGGCCGUCAUGAUCGCAGCCCUGAUGAGUGACCUGGACUCCAUCUUUAACUCGGCCAGCACCAUCUUCACGCUGGAUAUUUACAAGAUGCUCCGAAAGCAGGCGUCAUCCCGGGAGCUGCUGAUGGUCGGCAGGUUGUUCGUGUUGUUCACGGUGGUCGUCAGCAUCGCCUGGGUGCCGGUCAUCAUCGAAAUGCAGGGAGGACAGAUGUUCUACUACAUCCAGGAGGUCGUAGAUUAUCUGACUCCACCCAUAGCCGCUCUCUUCCUGCUGAGCGUCCUAUGGAAGCGCUGUAAUGAAACCGGGGCAUUCUGGGGCAGUGUAGUGGGAUUUGUUCUAGGAGCUACGCGUCUGAUUUUGGCUCUAGUGUACCGCGAGCCACUCUGCAACCAGCCAGAUGAGCGUCCAUCUUUCAUCAAAGAUAUUCACUUCAUGUACGUGGCGGCCAUCUUGUUUUGGUUGUCGGCCUUAGUUACAAUAGUUGUGAGUCUGUGCACUCCUCCUCCCAGAAAAGAACAGAUACUAACCACGACUCUGUGGGGGUUAAACCGGAGGAAGAAGUGGAGAGAGACAGAAAAAGAGAGAUCUGGAGAAGACAUGAAGCCUCUGAAUAACACAGUCCUCCAAGGGAACCUUAAUGGAAAGUGUCAAGACCACCUGAGCCAGCCCAAAGACCCUGACACCAAGCCGAAUGAUGACCAUCCAGCCCAGAAUGGCAACCACCCUCAGAUAUCUGGGCCUGGUUUCGUAGAGAGGGGAGAGGACGCAGGAGUGAGGGAUGUAAAGGAAGAGGAGGAGGGUUGUUUUGGGGGAGGAGUGAUGCAGAGCAUGAGGUGUGGGAAGGUUUUGGAGUGGUUCUGUGGUUUUAAAGAGAAGCCUACCGAAGUUCCCGUCCUGACAGUCCAGGAGCAGGAGAAGAUGGUGGACAAGCUCCUUCAUGAACCUCCUCAAACCCGAAUCAUCCUGAACGUGGGACUGCUGGUGAUCUGCUCGGUCGGGGUCUUCCUCUUCAUCUACUUCUCCGUAUGAGCUCCAUCAGAGAGCCACGACCAUCCUCCAGGCAGGACAGGUAUACAGCACCUGGAUGGAUGGAUCUGGGUUUUGAUGGAGUCUGGAAAUCCACAUUAAGCUCUUACACAGCCCCCUGCGGACUUUACAUACUUGGGUCUUUCAGGGUUUUAUUGAAACUCUUCAACAACCAAAGAGUGUAUCGUAAAAAACAAGGUGAGCCCCCCGAACGACUGUGUACAAUUCCUCAGGUGUGUUUAUUUUUCUUGUUGGUUUAACUGAAAUUUGCUUUCUUAAAUUUUACUGGCAGUGUUUGAAUGACUGUUUUUUACUUGAGUCUUUUAUAUGUGGAGGUGCAGAGAGUAGCGUUUUCUUACAUACCUGUUUGAAAGGUGAACACUUUCUUCAAGCUGCAAACCAAGAUGUAUUGAUAACAAAUCAGUGAUUGAGAUCUUUAUGUAUUUUAUAUUUCUGUAUAAAACUCACCGGAUGAUUUGAAUAUAUUUGAAUAUCUGUCAUUGUGUUGUUUGUUAACCUGAUGUAAUAAUAAUGUACAGCCUGGUUUCAGAGAAAGGGUUUCUCCAGGGUUCAAGCUGUGGGUUUGUACACAUUAAAGAUUAAUCCAUGUAUAACA